UCUGUAGAGUUCCCUCGGUUAAAUUUGGUGAAAGUUGAGUACUUAAAAAGAGGGGUUUGAAGAACUUGAGUUGCCAAUAAUCUUGGGUUUUCUUUUCUCUUAGCCCAUAAAGCUUCCCCAUUUCAUAGAUGACUUUAUAAAUACUAAGAAUUUGUGAUUCUUAGCUCAUUUCUGAAGGUUGCAUAAGAAUAAAGGUCGUGACUUGUAAGGCUAAAGCCUAUCAUAUAGUAUCCUGAUUUUUACUUGCUGUUGGAAUAUGGCUUCAGAAGCAGAGUACUCUGCAUUUGAGGAAAAGGUCAGACGAACUGUUUACCUUGAUAACCUCUCUCCACAGGUUACUGAACCGGUUGUCAGAAAAGCUAUCUCUCAGUUCGGGACAGUUAAAAAUGUUCAAUUCAUUCCAAAUUACUUGGAAACAAAGAACAUCCCCGUUUCUGCGUUGGUGGAGAUGGAGAACCCGAGGCAGGCUAAUGCCAUUGUCUCAGAAAUAUCUCACAGGCCUUUUAUGGUUGGUGGAAUUCCAAGGCCUGUGAGGGCACGUGAAGCGAAACCGGAGAUGUUUGAGGAUCGUCCUGCAAAGCCUGGUAGAAAGAUAGAGUUCCGUUGGGUGGAGACAAAGGAUCCUGACUUUGAAGUGGCAAAUAAAUUGAAGCAGCUUGCUAAGGAUCAUGCUCUUGAAGUUGACAUUGCGCUCAAUCAACAGUUGGAGGAUGAAGAGAAGCUUGCAGAGAGGCAGCAAGGAGCCCUCAAGGCGAAUCAUGAGAAGUAUGAAAUGAUAAAUAGUGUGAUAACAGAUGGAACUGCUAGGCGUUUGGCACAGCAUUAUCACAUUCCAGUUGCAGAUGAAUGUUUCUGAAAUUUGAUGUCAAGAGUCGAGACUUCUUGAGUAGAAACAACAACCAAGACGAAGAAGCAUAUUAACUGUUUUAUUUAGCUUCAUAUAGAGUACAUUGUAAGAAAUCCAGAAGGAUUUCAUGGUCUGCAAUGCAUUUCGACACUUUUACCUAAUAUUAGCAUCAGUGUUGGCCUGCCUCUAGCUCUCA